UGAGCAUGAGCCUGUUGCCCCACGGUUUGGCUGUGAGCAAAGGACAACUCUCCAGAUGUCCUCAAGUAACGACCAGUUUCAUAUCCCAGUGUCACAAGGCAACAUCAAGGGUCUCUCGGAGAUGACCUCCAGUGACCCGAAGUCAUGCACCAAAGGGACCAUCUUAAGUUUUCAUAACAUCUCCUAUCGAGUAAAAAUGAAGAGUGGUUUUCUACUUGGUAAGAAAACAGUGGAGAAGGAGCUAUUAUCAAAUAUAAGUGGGAUCAUGAGACCUGGCCUCAAUGCCAUUCUGGGACCUUCAGGUGCAGGCAAUUCUUUGUUGUUAGAUGUCUUAGCUGCAAGAAAACAUCCAGGAAAAUUCUCUGGAGACAUUUUGAUAAAUGGAGAACCUCACCCUGACAGUUUCAAAUGUGAUUCAGCUUAUGUGGCACAAGAUGAUGUCAUGAUGGUCACACUGACGGUGAGAGAGAACUUAUACUUCUCAGCAGCUCUUCGGCUUCCAACAACUGUGACGAGUCAUGAGAAAGAUGAAAAGAUUAAUGAGGUCAUUGAAGAACUAGGUCUGGAUAAAGUGGCAGAUUCCAAGGUUGGAUCUGAAGCAAUCCAUGGUGUGACAAGAGCAGAAAGAAGAAAGAUCAGUGUUGCCAUGGAGUUGGUCACUGACCCUUCCAUCUUGUUCCUCGAUGAGCCCACAAAUGCUUUAGACCUGAGCACAGCACAUGCUCUCUUUUUACUCCUGAAAAGGCUGUCUAAGCAGGGACGAACAAUCAUCUUUUCCAUUCAUCAGCCUCAGCAUUCCAUCUUCAAGAUGUUUGACAGCCUCACCUUACUGGCGGCAGGAAAACUAAUAUUCCACGGUCCUGCGCAGAUGGCUGUAGAGCACUUUGCAUCAGCAGGUUACAACUGUGGUCCCUACACCAACCCUGCUGUGUUCUUGCUGGAUGUCAUCAGUGGAGUCUUCACUGCUAUGGAAUCAGACAGAGAGGAGGAAGGCCAUGAAUGUGAGAAGAUGGAAGAGUUUUCCAGGAGAGAUGAGCCAGGCAUAGAAAACUUAGCUGAGAUCUAUGCCAACUCUUCCUUCUACAGAGAUACAAAAGCUGAACUAGAUCAACUCUCAGUCAGUCAGAAGAAGAAGAGUUCAGCCUUCAAGGAGUUCACUUGUGCCACCUCCUUUUGGCACCAGCUCAGAUGGAUUAGCUGGCGCUUAUUUAAAAACUUGUUGGGUGAUCGCAAGGCCUCUAUAACUGAGAUCAUUAUCUCAAUUACAGAGGUAGUGCUUCUAGGUGCCUUUUUCCUUGUGAUAAGAAAUGAUUGUGCUGCAAUCCUGAUUAGAGUCUGGAUGUUCCACAUGGUGAUAGUUUGCUUUAUUUUUAGCUUCUUCACUGCCAUAUCGCUCUUUCUGGAGGAGAAGACUCUCUUUAUACACGAGUAUAAGAGUGGAUACUACAGAGUGUCAUCUUAUUUCCUGGGAAAACUGUUGUGUGAUUUGGUACCCAGGAGGUUGUUGCAAAGUUUCAUUUUUACUUGUGUACUAUACGUCAUGAUAGGCUUGAAACCAGCAGUGGGGGCUUUCUUCAUUAUGAUGCUUACCCUUUGGAUGGUGGCUUGUUCAGCUGAUUCUGUGGCACUGGCCAUGACAGUAGGUCAGAAUGUGCUGCUGCCCAUACUAACAGUUUGCACAGAAAAAUACUUUCAGUUUACCCUGGUAAUUUGGUUUAUGACAUUCCUUUUCCUAAGUACUGGGUCUCAGCUCCCGUGGCUUCAGUACAUCAGUAUUCCACAUUACGGUCUGAUGGCUUUGCAGCACAAUGACCUUUUGGGACAAAACUUCUGUCAAAGACUCAAUAAAACUGGGAGCAGUGUCUGUCCCAACUAUGUCAUAUGUACUGGUGAAGAAUUCCUGACAAGUCUGGGUAUUGAUCUCUCCCCUUGGGGCUUAUGGAAGAAUCACGUGGCUUUGGCUGUUAUAAUCAUUGUCUUCUUCACAAUUGCUUUCUUAAAAUUGUUCUUCUUUAAAAAACAUUUUUAAAUUCCCCUUUAAUGUGCUGUGAAUUACUUUCACAUUAAAAGGAACAUUGUGAUUUA